CACACACAGGCACCUGGCGUGAGUUUAACCUCCGGAUCCAGGGCUAAAAUCACAGUCGACCACAUGGGAUUUCAGCGACAUAGUCAUUAUGCUAACUGCUGGUCCCCCAAAAUCUUGAGAGGAGAAAGGAUUGUGGCAUAGCCAUCUCCCCCUGGGGGCCGAUUUUUAACUUUAUCUCUCUGUCUUUCACUGGCAAACAAUUCAUUUUGGAAGGAAAUCAUUCUAGAAUGUUACACUCCUCUUCAGCAUAUCUGCACUAUAAUAUAAAUUAUCCUGUUCAGCUGAGGAUCAUUCACAGAAACGUAUGAUUUCUCUGCAUUGUGACUUCAGAAGCUGUAACAGAAAGCAAGAGGAGCCUUUUGCCUUUAUGCCAAAUGACCCUAGAUCAUUUUUUAAAUGCUUGUGUCUGCUUUAAAAGCUUUUUUAUUUUUUCUUUCUCUCUUGCUACCAGGCUAUCAGGGGUCACUUGCUAAAUGUGUUUCUAAUCUCCUAGUACAGGAUCACGCAUGGACAUAUUAACAUUGUGUAUGAAGUAAGGAUAAGUAGGACAUGACCGAAGACUGGAGAAUCCAUCCAACGCGUGGUGCAUGAGUAAUUUCAGCUGCUGAGCAGUCCUUUCUGCUUCCUUUAGACCCUGCAUUGCUGCUCUGUAGUUGACCUCCAGGUUAAAUGAAGCUUCACUGCACAUUCCCAGGAUUACCAUCUGCCUCUUCCAUUGGAAAAGUUCCCUGAGGGUUGCAAUAUACUAGAGAUUGUUCCUCAUACCAGGAGAGAGUUGAAAUAUUUGAGACAAGGAAAGCAGCAGAGCACAGAAAUGAACAUCUCUGGCACAGGAAGGACCUGGGUGGGUAUCCUGAUGUCUCCAUUUUCCAGCUGCACGACUGCUGUGGGGAUAGGCCAAGCACCUACUGCUCUGAGCCCUAGGGUCAUAAAGAUAAAAGGAGAGACUGCAGGAAAAUGCUUAGCACAGCACCUGGCAAAAAACAAAAAAAACAGGGAGAGAAAAAUAUUAGCAUGUGUGUUUGGGUACUUGAGGGAGUCAGGAAGAAGUGUGAGGACUUGAAGGGAAAGUGGACUAUGCAGAAAAGGAGCCCUAAAGACGUGCUGCCCCAGCUUUCCAGAGGUGGACGUUAUCCAUUGCGCAUCUGCCCCGCAUGGCCCCGAGGGCUGGCGCGGGCUGUGUGGAGUUGGGGGCGCGGCCGGCACUCCAUUUGAGAGUGGGGAUUUCUUCUUUGAGAGGGCUGGCGUUCUCUCCUUUUUUUCUUGCUCUGAUUAAUACUGGCUUGGAUGGCCUGGCAGGGAGGGCGAGAAGGUGAAGGAGACCCCACAAUGGUUUUCACUUUCUUUAACCUAGUGGCAAAAUAAAGCUGCCCAAACAAAACAGCCACAUUUUCUUCCUCAGAGCCCCCAUCUGUCCAGGGACCAGGCUGGAAAAUGGGUACUUCCAUGGCUUUUAGCCCAGAAGUAGCAGGCCGGCUCUCUCCUCCCCCAAUGCUUACAUCUGAUUUGGUCUUUUUCUUUGUCUUUCGGGUCAGCUUUCAGUCUUUCUCUCACCCCUCUUUUUAGCCACUGAGCGCCCACUUUGGGCUGGAUACGGGGCUGUGGGGCUAGCAAUAUGGAGAUAAAUGCCGCAUCGCGCUGGCUCCUGGAGAAAGCCCUCCAGUUCCCUUGGGUCCCAGCGCCCUACCAACCUCGACUCCCUUGCCCACCGACGACCCCCUCACCCCUCUGAGCCCUUAUCUCAUCUGUCCCUGCGACUUCGUUCUGCCCUGCCUGAACCAGGCUCCGCUGAGUGUCUGCUCCCCGGGGAAGCGAUACAAAGGGGGGGGGGGAGGAGGGAAUCCCGCUGACAUCACUGCUCAUUAGCAUGUGUGACCUCAUCAGGGGGCGGGCCAAUUUCCCCAGGUGUCGGGGGGAGGGCAUGUGUGUGGGGGGGUGGUAUUUAAAGGAAAAAGCUGACAGUGCUGCUGAGUGAGGGAGCGGGUGCUGCAAGCCGCUAGGCUGCACACGCACGCCGAUGCACACGGACCCGGACACCGACAUGGACACGGACACAGAAACCACAGCACUCUGCCCCUCUGGCGGCCACGGAGCUUCUCCCCCAGGGACGCCCACACCAGAAACAGAUGCCACACUGCUGAAGAAGCCAGAGAAACUGUUGGCAGGGUUGGACCGGGAUGGACCACCCUCCAUCCCUGGGGUCCCCAGGCGAAGAGGCAGUAUGCCUGUCCCCUACAAGCACCAGCUGCGGCGGGCCCAAGCUGUAGACGAACUUGACUGGCCGCCUCAGGCCUCAUCUUCUGGUUCCUCCGACUCCUUGGGCUCAGGGGAGGCAGCGCCUACCCAGAAGGAUGGCAUCUUCAAGGUCAUGCUGGUGGGAGAGAGCGGCGUGGGCAAGAGCACUCUUGCAGGCACUUUUGGUGGCCUGCAGGGAGACAGCACUCAUGAGCUAGAGAGCCCAGAGGACACCUACGAGAGACGCAUCAUGGUGGAUAAGGAGGAAGUGACUCUAGUUGUUUAUGACAUCUGGGAACAGGGAGACGCAGGGGGGUGGCUGCGGGACCACUGCCUUCAGACCGGGGAUGCCUUUCUCAUCGUCUUCUCAGUCACUGACCGAAGAAGCUUCUCCAAAGUCCCAGAGACCCUACUUAGGCUCCGGGCUGGAAGACCCCACCACGACCUGCCUGUCAUCCUCGUUGGGAACAAAAGUGACCUGGCCCGCUCCCGGGAGGUAUCACUGGAGGAGGGCCGCCACCUGGCCGGUACACUGAGCUGCAAGCACAUCGAGACGUCUGCCGCGCUGCACCACAACACGCGGGAGCUCUUCGAGGGCGCGGUGCGCCAGAUCCGGCUGCGGCGGGGCCGGAGCCGCGCCGGGGGCCAGCGGCCAGAGAGCUGCAGCCCGGAGGGCCCCGCGCCGCCCGCGCGCCGCGAGGGGCCCCCCCAGCAGGGCAAAUCUUUAAGAGGUUGA